AUGAAAUAUCUAUUCAUAGAACAGGUUUAUGGUGUCGAGACUACAGCUACUCAAAACGCAGAAGAUUUGAAACAUAUGAGAGUAGAGAAAAAUGAGGCAGAGGCAUUGGACGAAAAUGAGGUAAUUGAUAUUUCAAUUUUAUUUAAUCCGACUAAUGCAUUUGUUAGUUCUUCUUCAGAUAUGCAAGUAGAGCCAAUGAUAGAGGAGUCCAAACAGAAAGUGACGGAGAACAUUUCUAAGAAUGAGGUAGUAGUUGGAGAAGAUGCAUCUGGUAUGUUACAAUUAAUACUUUCUUCCAAAUGCACUGAUCCAGGUAUACUUACUCUACCGUGUUCUAUUGCUGAUAUAAUUAAUGAAUGGGAAUCUCCAAAACUAGAGUUCAAACCGCCACCUAUAUCUCCAGAUUGCGCAUAUGGACAUCUUCGUCGACCUCCUGAAAUGGGACUAAAGAUAGAUUCAAUUUUAGAAAAUCUAGCUAGAUCUGGAGUGUUUAAAGAAUUAGUUAGAGGAGACUACUUUCCGCCUCAUUUUGUCGAUUCAAAAUAUGAAUUUGGUCCGACUCUAAACUCCCAAACUUACCAACGGCAGUUCAACCUCAAUUCGAUCGAUGGUCAGCCCACUGAUUUCCAUUGCCUGCUGGCGGCCAAUGUUUCUCGUUCUUCAGUUCCAAUUGUCGCUGCCACCACCACUAUCCAUCACUGCCAUGUCGUUCCCAGAGCAGUCCAGCGGGCCGCAUCAUCAAUUCCUUCUACUAUCGCCGGCUCACUGCCGCUGUUUGGCGUUCUUCAUCACCAUUGCUGGCCGCCGUUUGUCCGCCAUCGCCGCUGCUUCCACCACUCUGCUUGCUGGGUUCUUCAUCACCAUCAUCAUCGUCGAUUGCUGCUAUUGUCUACGUCCCACUCCAUCAAUUCCGGUGUUCCACCUUCCCCAAUCAUCAAUCGGUGGUUCGAACGUUGCUGCCGCCGAUUGUUGCCGUCAGUCGAAAACACCAUCAUCAAUCACUCUGCUACUGCAAUUGUAGAGCACUUCGUCGACCAUUGCUGCUUGCCGCCGUUUGUGUGCGUUCCCGCCGAGUCCAAAAUUCGCUGCUGCUGUUUCAAAUACAUUCUGCCAUCGAUUGCCUUUCUCCCUUUUGCUGGUGGUUAUUGCUUGUUGCCGCUGGUUGCAGUCCCAAUCGUUGUGGUUCUCGCUGCCGAUUAA